AUGAGACCUCCUUUGGGUAGCAGGAGAAAGAUCGCCUUGGCUGUUUCUCUGCUGUCUCGUCCGUGUGGUGAAGGGAAAAGACCAGCCAUGCAGUCAGCUCAGCGUCUGGUGUCCUUCGAAGAGGUGGCUGUGCAUUUCUCCAAGGGGGAGUGGAGCUUGCUGAGCCCAGCGCAGAGAGCCCUGUACAAGGAAGUCAUGCUGGAGAAUUUUGGGACCGUGGCCUCUCUGGGGCCUGAGAUUGCCAAACCUGACCUCAUUUCCAGGCUGGAAGGAGAAGAAGAGCCGUUUCUCCCAAUCGCUGAUGCCGAAGAGGGAUUGGCAGGAGGCCUCUGGGGGACAGCGAACGAAUCAUCUGAGAGUCCAGUGAUGGAUAAAGGGGAUACAUAUUCAGAAGUGAAAGUGAAGGCGGAAUAUUGUGAUACCCCAAGUGAGGAGGAGAGAAAACAUCCAUCUAAAGGAAGGCAUCAUUCUGGUCUUUUACAAGGUGAAAACGGUCAUGAAAUUCCACUCCAUGGAAAAAUGUACAUAGAAGGCAAGAGAAAUGAGGGAGCAGCUAGUAGGGGAAAAUUUUCUAAAGAAUCUGAGGUUAAUACGCAUUGGAAAACCUGGAAGAGAAAGAAAAAAUAUGAAUGCCUGGAGUGUGGAAGAUUCUUCAGGCAGAAUGGACACCUUACUACCCAUCAAAGAGUACACACAGAGGUGAAAUCAUAUAAGUGCCUGGAGUGUGGAAGAAGCUUUAGUCAAAUUGGAAACUUUACACGCCAUCAAAUCGUUCACACAGGGGAGAAACCAUAUCAAUGCCCAGUGUGUGAAAAAAGCUUCAGUCUGCGUGGAAGCCUUAAACGCCAUAAAAGAACUCACACAGAGAAGAAACCAUAUAAAAGUUUGGAGUGUGGAAAAAGUUUCAAUCAAAGUGGACACCUUACUUGCCAUCAAAGAAUUAACACAGAAGAAAAACCUAAUAAUAAUAACAACAGCACUCAAUUUAUGUACCAUCCUUCGGGGCCACUUAACGCCCACUCAGAGCGGUGUAUUAUUGUUAUCCCCUCUCCGAGUGUUAUUAUUAUGCCCCCAAUAACAAUCACCCUGUGAGGUGGGUGGGGCUGAGAGAGCUCUGGGAAGCUGGGACUGAUCCAAGGUCACCCAGUUGGCUUCUAGUGGAGGAGUGGGGAAUCUAUCCUGCAGAUGUGGCCAUCAACCUCCAUUUUUGCAAUGUUUAAAAACUGGCACAAGAAUAUUGUUUUAUCGAGAUAUCUUUGUAAAAGUAGGUGUAGCCUGUUCUCUGAAUUCCCAGCUUUCGUUUUUUUAAAAGUCAGUCUCUGGCCAAUUCUCUUCUGAAGAUAUAUGCCCUUUCCUCUAUAUCUCUGCAAGAGAAAGGGCUAGAGACUUACUUUUAAAACAAAUGAAAGCUGGGGAUUCAGAGAACCUGCUACACCAGUUGUUACAAUGAUAUAUACAAUAUUCUCAUACUGUUUUCCAAAAAGGUACACACACCCCAUGGCAGAGGGAGAAAAUGGCUGCUGAAAACUCAAAUUUUGCCACCCACAUUACAGCCAACUGGAUUUUACUACCAUCAUUCCCAAACAUUUGGAGCACAGCAGGUUUGAGAAGGAUUUGAGAAUAGUUAGGGAAGCUCUGCAAGGCGAAGAAAACCCAGUCCACAAAAGCAUUCAAGUUUGGCGGAGAACCGUUAUUGAAAUGGCCAUUUUUGCUUUCUCCGCAGCAGAUUAUUGGGUUCAUCCCCCAAUUGUGGUUGUGGUCUUACGUUACAAGGUGGAGUUCAUCUCUGUCCGGUCUUUCCCCUCCUUGGACAGCCAAACCCUCUGUAGAAGAAUCAGCCUCUGCAGGGGAGGCCUGGCCCUCAGUCACGAGGCCACUAGAUAAACAUAGACAAGUGCCCAGGGUGCCAGGGGAAGGGCACCAGUCAGCUCUGUGUCCCCAACGCCAGCAGCCCAGCCACCACCACUAUCCCACACGGCAGCAAGGACAGCCCAGGAAUCUGUGGGGGAGCAAGAUC